CUCAAAACCUCAAGACCCAAGAGGUAAGCCCGCAUUUAUGCUGGUCCAGUGUACCGGACGUCUCGAGGAGCCUGUUGUGUUGCUGCGGGGUCGAAGAACACGGGAGGAAUGGGAUGGAUGGCAGGGGAGACGGCCGGAUGACACUGGGACCUUUGCCCCUCUCGCAGAGACGCUGACCCACCUCUUUCUCUCUUCCAGUUCGCAAGCAUGGGGGCUUACAAGUACAUCGGCGAGCUCUACAAGAAAAAGCAGUCGGACGUCCUCCGAUUCCUCCUGCGCGUGAGGUGCUGGGAGUACCGCCAACUCAACGUCGUCCACCGCGCCUCGCGCCCGUCUCGCCCCGACAAGGCCCGCCGCCUUGGCUACAAGGCCAAGCAGGGCUACGUUAUCUACCGUGUCCGUGUGAGGAGGGGUAACCGCAAGAAACACGUCCCCAAGGGUGCCACCUUCGGUAAGCCCGUCCGCCAGGGUGUCAACCACCUCAAGCCCCAGCGUGGCUUGCAGAGCGUCGCGGAGGAGCGUGUCGGCAGGCGGUGCGGCAACCUCCGUGUGCUCAACUCGUACUGGGUGAACCAGGAUGGUGUUUACAAAUACUACGAGGUCAUCCUCGUUGACCCCAGCCACAAGGCUAUCCGCCGCGACCCCAGAAUCAACUGGAUUGCGAAGCCCGUCCACAAGCGUCGCGAGGCUCGUGGUCUCACCAGCAUCGGCAAGAAGAACCGCGGCUUGGGCAAGGGCCAUCUCCACAACCACACUCCGGGCUGGUCUACCUGGAAGAAGCACAACACGCUCAGCCUGCGUCGUUACCGGUAAACUGCUGUCCGUUGUUGUUGUCUGCACCAUGCUACUGUCUACUACGCAUAUCGUUCAUGUCUCCCAUGCUUGUAUGGAUGUAUGUCGCGCGACUGCCGAACAGAGUUGCGAUUUGAUGAUUUUCCGCGGGCUAGUGAAGCUCAUGUCAUGAGUGCGCUGCAUGUAAGUACUUCUCGCAUCAGGCGGAGCCGUCCCACUUUCCGAGUCCAUGGGCAUCGGCAGUCUGGUAGUUGUCAAAGGUGGACGUGCUGCAGUAAAUGCGCAAGAGUAUGUGUCC